GUUGUGGCAAAUUGAUAUUUGAGGAAAAAUUGAAAAAUGCUUUUGAGCUGCUUCUGAUAAAUAUUCAUUUUUUAAACAAGUUGAACUGAGUUAUACUCACAAAUUCCAAUCUCUUAGCAGUGAUAUGCAUAAAGAUGAACCCUAAAGAAUCUGACAUUUGAUAGGCAGAUUUAUUGCUUUCAAAUGCUGAUAACUACAAAGUUCUGAAAGGCUUGCAUCAUCUCAUGCAGACCUUUGAAAUAUUUGGGUAGCAGUCAGGAUUUGCAUGUUUCUGCAUCCUAUUACAGUCUAUUUGACUCUCACAACUAUAUGCUUGUAUAAACUUGAGGUUUUACUAUAAAAUUGUAUUGCAUAUGAAGACUUGAACUGAUAUCCACAAAAGUGUUAAAAUAUUAGUCAGUUAAUCUUAAGGGUGCUUUGCUUAUAAUAAUUAUCCUCUCUAUUACUAUCCUUUAGGACUGGAAUCAUUCACAUUGGAUAGCCAACACAAAGACUUUGUAGGUUUUCAAAGAAAAAAAACCCAAGUGAGAUAUUCAAGAAGGGAUGCUGUCGUCCUCAAACCCAAGGAUAUAGGUUUAUAGGUUUAUUGCACACACAUCAUAAUUGUAAUAAAGUAUGUGUUCUUAUUUUAAAAUGUCCAUCAUAUGUUUACCAUCACAUUCUUUUUAGACUAAAAGCAAUAUGAAAAACCACACCAUGGUUUCACAAUUCAUCUUGGAGGGAUUUGAAGGAGACCUGGAGCUACAGCUAGGAUUGUCUCUUCUUUUUAUGCUGUUUUAUGCAUUGACCUUAAUGGGCAAUAUUGGAAUGAUUGUUAUAAUCACUGUUGAUGUUCAACUUCACAAUCCUAUGUACUUCUUCCUGAAAAACCUAUCCCUUUUAGAUAUUUGCUAUUCCACUGUCAUCACACCCAAAGCUAUGCUAACCUUUGCAACUGGGGAUAAGACCAUUUCUUACAAUAAGUGUGCCACACAGAUGUUCUUCUUCUCUCUCUUUGGAACCACUGAAUGUUUCUUCCUAGCUGCGAUGGCAUAUGACCGAUUUGUUGCCAUCUGCAACCCGUUGCUUUACAAUAGGACCAUGUCCAAAAAGACAUGUCUACACUUAGUAGCAGUUUCAUACUUCUUUGGCUUACUUAACUGUUGCACACAAACAGGUUUCACAUUCAGCUUGUCCUAUUGUGAACCAGGGAAAAUCAACCAGUUCUUUUGUGAUGUCCCAGCUGUCAUGAAGGCCUCAUGCUCAGACACUUUUAUAAAUGAAAUUGUACUACUAGGAAUGUGUGGGUUGAUCAUAGUUAUAACAUUCACAAUUGUCCUGAUCUCCUAUGGCUAUAUUGUGGCAACUAUCUUGAGCAUACCAUCUGUUGAGGGCAGACAUAAAGCCUUUUCCACUUGUACAUCCCAUAUCAUGGCUGUAAGUUUGUUUUUUGGUACAGCUUUCUUUAUGUAUGGACAACCUGGGGCCAUCUCUUCUCCCAAUCAAGGCAAAGUAGUCUCUGUAUUCUACACCAUUGUAAUCCCAAUGGUGAACCCAUUCAUUUACAGUCUGCGAAACAAGGAGGUCAAAGCUGCAUUGGGGAGGAUUUUGAACAUCAACAAAGUCCAGGUGGCUCUGGUAGUGAGCCAGAAGAGUCUUCCUUAGAUCGAGAUACAAGGUUAAGGUUAAGGGUUCAUCAUCCCAGGCAUUCUGUGAGAAUAGCUGGGAAAUGUGUGCGAACUCAAGGACAGAGAAAUGCUUUCUUAGCCUGUAAGCAUGGUUAAAUAGAGAGAAACAGAGAAAGAUUUCAGACAAAGCAACGUUGAUUUCGGAAGCUUAACUCCUGCCUUGUCUCUGCUCAUGGAAAAGGUUUCUUGUUUUGGUUCAUGCUUAGUUCCUGAGUUUUGGAUUGUAUUUUGGCGUUCACACUGCCUUGUUUUUCAGGACUGCGUUGCUAUAUUCUACAGAGACUUUGAACUAUAUUCUGCAGAUUGCCUUUACAAUUGGAUUACUAUUUUCUUUACUGCUUUUUAUUAAGGCUUUGCUAUCUUUUAUCAAUAAAUUGUAAAAACCAAGUCUGCUAUGGUGGAAUGUGUGUUAAGAGCAGGGUGAACCAGCGCUGAGGUGCAACAUUUACUCUGACUUAUAUAUAUUAAAAAGCAGCCGAUGAAAAGUAUGCAGGUUGGGGAAGAAAGACAUAGGGUGCAGUCAUACUGCAGAAUUAUAGCAGUUAAGUUAACAUCACUUUAACUGCCAUGGCUCAAUGCUAUAGAAUUGGAGUUUGUAGUUUGUUGUGGCAGCAGACGUCUCUGAUAGAGAAGGUUACAUAUCUCACAAAACUACAAAUUCCAGAAUUCUAUAGCAGUUUUACAUGCCAGUUUAACUGGCCUAUGCUGUUGUUCAUCACUACAAUCAAAGCCCAAAGAAGCACCCCAAUGAGAUGCAUAUUUUUUCUUUCUCUGCAGUCAUGCCGGCCACAUGACCUUGGAGGUGUCUACGGACAAUGCCGGCUCUUCGACUUAGAAAUGGAGAUGAGCACCAACCCCCAGAGUCAGACAUGACUGGACUUAACGUCAGGGGAAACCUUUACCUUACCUGUCUCCUCUUUUCCCUACUCCUCCCAUCUAUUCCAACAGCAGAGGAGUUAUUUGUGGUCCU